CCGGUCCGGCGUUCUUUCUGCGGGCGCUAUCGUCCGACACGUCACGAGACCCGGUGUAGAGGUGAUUUCGAAUAACUUUAUCAAUUAUCAUUUGUAAUGACCGCUGCCCUUUUUGUCCCACAGGUUAAACCUGAACUGUUUGGGAAAAACUGUUGAUACUCAUAGUCAUGCGUCUGGAAGAAAGAAAUUCUUGCUAUUGAGGUUUAAUCGACUGUUGGAUACGUGGGUGCUUAUUCAUUCAUCGCUGCCACUACCUGAUAAUUAUCUGAGACUACUCUAUUCACACUCAGUGCUGUUAGUACUGCUGAAAGAUGAGGCGUUUACUGUCUCUGCUCAUUUUUUACUGUGCCGUUCGCGGACUUAACGCUCAGGUGGUGGAUAAAAGCAUGGACCAUUCCCGGAUUAAGAUGCUGUUGAACGAAACAGAAAAACUAACCGAACCGAACAAAAAUGCGUCUGAAUUGGAGGAAAGUAAGCAGGGAGGUGAGCACCACUUUCCCGGGUCAGAGGGGAAGGUUCUGCAGCCCACCACCGAACCUCUGGAUGAUGAGAUGGACAAUCAGGAGAACAUAAUAAGCCAGCUGCUGGGUGAUUAUGACAAAGUGAAAACCGUGUCAUCGGGAUCCGACUGUGUGUGCCGCUGUGUCGUCCGACCAAUCAAACGAUCUGAUUGCAGUCGUUUCCAUGACAGCGACCCAGCAUCACCAUCUCAGGAUUUUUACACUGUAGAGACAAUUACCAAGGGAACAGACUGCAAGCAGUGUGUGUGCAUGGCUCCACCUUCAGCCGUCAACCCCUGCGAGGGAGAGUACAGGUUUAAAAAACUACAAGAAGCCAGCAGAAACGACAUCAAGCUGGCAACUAUCAUUGACUUGCUGGAAGGCUCUCUGUAUGGGUUGGACUUGUUAAAGUUGAACUCUGUCACCACCAAACUUCUGACCCGGGUGGACAACAUGGAGAAGGCUUUCGCUCGAAAUUUUACUGAAAGAAUGAGAGAGAAAGAACGUGUGAAGGAAAGAACUAGAGAAAAGGAUAAAGACAAGAAGGCUCAGCAGAAGACAAAGAAAAAGAAUGAUUUGGAACAUUCAGGACCUAAAAGUGGAGCAGCUGCAUACGCUAACAAGCAGAAGAAUUAUGAAAGUCAGUUAAAGAAAAACCAGCAGCAAGAUGGUCUGGAGCAACAGUCGCCAGCCAGGAAUGAGACAGAAACUCAAAAGACAGAUAAAGAGAAAAGCAGUGUGGUCAUCAGAGGAGUGACCUUCUACAAAGCAGAGGAAGAGAGCCUUAAGGAAGAUGAGGAGCAGAAGAGAGGAAGAGGAAAGAAUGAGGACUUAUUGAUCUCUGGCAAGGCACCGUUUAUCAGGACAUUCCUCAACAGUCCAAAAACUCCAAACAUUUCCUCACCCACUCAACCAAAAGCCUCCUCAACAACCAGCAAAACAAAGUCAACUCCAUCUAUCAUCAAACCAACUGUUGCAUUUACUCCUACAACUCCAAAACAAACAACCAUGAUGAUAACUACUGUACAACAAACUACAACUACCAGAAGCACUAUUAAGCCCACCACACCUGUCGUCCUGCAUACCACCACGCCUUCUGAUACCAAUUUCAGUCCACCGAUUGAUGCACUUCCCACCGCACCGUCUCAGCCCAGACCCAGAAGUCGACUCAGCUGGACAGAAAGCCCUGCUGACCAACAGAAGACCACCAAAAGGCCUGCAGUGUGUAAGGACACAGUAGCUAGCAUCUCCGAACCGGUCCAGCAGAACUCAUACGGUCUCAGCGACGGAGCGUGGAUGAGAGAUGCUCGUGGCCAUGGCAACGUCAUUUACCUAACCAAUGGUCACUAUGGAAACAGUCUGUUGGAGUUUCGAGACAUGGACACCUUCAAGUCAGGUCAGGCGAGUAAUUCAUACAAGCUGCCCUACAGUUUCACUGGAACAGGCCACGUUGUGUAUAAUGGAGCUUUUUACUACAACCGUGCGUUCAGCAGGGACGUCAUCCGAUACGACCUGAGGCACAGAUAUGUGUCCGCCUGGACCUCUCUACAUGAUGCUUUACUGGAGGAGCAAGUUCACAGGACGCAGACUGAAGUGGAGUUUGCUGUGGAUGAGUCUGGACUGUGGCUCCUUUAUCCCGCUCUGGACACUGAGGGAUUUCACCAGGAAGUAAUCCUGCUCAUCCACCUCCAUCCCAGAGACCUUCAGCCAAUAAGAACCUUUCGUACAGGUCUCCGGCUUGGUCGCUACGGCAAUACUUUCCUGGUGUGUGGCGUGCUUUACGCAGUAGAUAGUAUGGAGCGUCAUUAUGCCAACGUGACGUAUGCCUUCGACACGCAUACUCUCACUCACACCGUGCCAAAACUGGCAUUCACAAAUAUGCACACGCACACCUCCCAGGUAGCUUACUGCCCACUGGAUAAGAAGCUGUACGCAUGGGAUGGCGGAAAUCAGAUGUUGUAUGAUGUCAUCUUUGCUUAUUAGCAUAAUGAAGGACAGAUAAAGGACAGUUGUGAUUUGGUGGAUGUUCAGCAGUUAAUUAUAUUCAGAAGUUCAAAACAAAGCUAUCAGAAGAAAAAAAACAAGAUAACACCAGAUAUUUAAUCACUGUUACAUUUCUAAAUGACUGUGGAUCAGUCAUAUAGCUACACCACUGCCACACACACACACACACACACACCAGAGCAUCAAAAAAAAAAAAAAGAGAGAGAGAAAACGAGCAGAUGGAACAUUUUCAGUCAUCAGUCUGAAACCAGGUAUCUUUGUCUGUCAUAAAGUCCCACCAAAACUGGUUCUAGAAAAAAGAAGACAAAAUAUCUCUUUUCCUCCAGAUCGUCCAGAUAUCGGUUUUUACAGAGAUGAUCACUAUGGGGGAAAUUUUUUAUCAUGAAACAAAAAACAUGUAAAGGCUUAAAAUAGGUGCCAUGCCUGCAACAGAAGUCCUGUAAUGAUCAGGAAGUGGGAUUCAGCCCAGAUAAAAAAAAAAAAAUCUAAGUUGUCUCACUCUGUGAUACUAAAAUAUUCUACUCUGGAGAGUUUUUUAAACCCAGAGUCAGUAACCAUCAAA